AAAAAAGAUAGAUAAAUAAAUGCCGAUGGAAGACAAUUCUUUCAUUCUAUCUUUUUAAUCUUCAGUGUCUGGAAUAAUCUCAAACAAAAUUUACGUCAACUAGCUGAUCAACUACUAAUUAUCGAGAAAAUUUAAAUAAUUGAUAUAUGUUCAACACUUAGAUGAUAAUAAUAAACGCUGCCUGUGAACAGAAAAAGUAGCGGAACUAACAGUAACCUCAAAAUGGCUCGUAUAAAGAAGCAUCAAAAUGCGGGAAACCACCAAGAAACGAAGUACCAUCGUCGCAAGCUAAACAUUCCUGAGUUAGUUUACAAGUUCCUUAUUGCAAAUGAAGAUUUUGACAAUACAGACAGUAAUUUUGUAAGCAAGUGUCGUUGUUGCGGCCAAAAGAAACGUGUUAAAGAAAUCAUAGAUUCUUUGCAAACUGGACAAAAUGUGGGCUCUAAAAUAAAGCAAGAACGGCGUAAAGAUCGUGAUAGAAUUUCGAAAUUGCACAAUGUCAAACGAUGUUCUGUUUCCAAAAAUCUUCCGAUUUCAUCUUUGCAAAACUGUGUAAACAGCGAAGAUAUAAGAAAGGCAAAAAGAUAUGUGAGAAAAGCGCUGAAUUUUGGUGUUGAUUCUGGUUAUCUUAUCCCUUCGAAUUCUAUGUACAAGAUUCUGCGCGUGUCCUCAGAUUUGAUGCGAAGCGAUUCACGAAGAAGCAAGAUCAACAUUUGUGGCAUGGCUUUCUCUAAGAAUCGCGAUGUUCCAUCCAGGCUCGAAGAACUCCAAGAGCAAAGAAAAAAGCAAAAAAGGCACAAACAAGAUCAAAAAUCAAGAAGCGGUUCGAGAAUGCGCUAUAAGAGCAAAAGAAGAAGAAAAAGCAGAAAAUCUCGUAGUAGAAAACAGAAGAUACAGCAGGCGAAAUAAUUAAAAUCCAGCGUUAUAAUCGCUCAGAGUAUUCUCACUAUGAAAGUGUAAACUACAGUGUAAGUCUAGAAACACGGUAAAACGGUCAAAGGAAUUUCCAGCCCGCAGAAUUUUGAAGAGGUUGUCGAGGACGAUUACGAAAUGGAUGAAAGCGAUCCAAAGAAUAUUCACACAAGCGAUAUAGAAAGGAAACCAAAAAUCGAUCAAAUUAAUCUGAUGAGGAACAAUUGACAAAGAAAGCUGAAAAGGGGAUGGUUCGGAUUUAUCCAUCGACGAGAAUGAAACUGACAAAGAGAACUGAUAUUAUCAAAUUAUAGUUUCUUGAAAUUAAGCGUCCAAGUGCAACUUCUAUAGAAAGAGCACUUUCUAUUUUAUCUCUGUUUUCUAUAAUAUUAUGCUGUAGUAAAAGUAUUGGAAAACUGGCUUUGUAUAAAAUUGUAUCAUUUGUUUACACUUCGAUAUUUGUUAAUAAUUUAACAAUGUAUAGAAUGUGAUGCAUAUAAUCGUGAUUAGUCAUGUGCUAUAUACAUACUCCAAUAAUGAAUUCAGAAUAAUGUAUUCCAAUAUCUGUAUUGUCAUCUGAUAAAACAAUUACAUUAUUCGGUCUUACAAAUAUCAUUAUUUAUUGAAUCUCAGGACGCAUUAGAUUUUAUUUUAAAAAUGAGAAUAUGGAAUUGAAAGAGAUGUAUUAGAAUGCGUUAUGUAAUUUUGCAUGAUGAUCAAAAGCUAUACAUUGAAAAACCAAUGAUAUGCUACAAAACUUGUUACAGACAUUACAAGACUUUACGUAAGUCCUCUCUCGGCUUACGACAUCGCUCUCGUUCAAUUACACUCAGAAACUUCCACUUGGAGCACUUGCAAGCUGAACAAUCGCGUUGUGACUCUAAACUGACUUACGAAAUAUAUCACGUAUUGUUUUUUUCUUGCUAUUUUCUGUUCAAUUAUAUUACAAAUUUUUUCAUAACAACGAUUUCAAGUACUUAUCCUUACGUUUCAUGUUGCAUUUAUACUGAUUAUAGUCCUCCUCUCGCAACAGAUUAAAUGAAUAAAUAUAUUAUAUCGUAUCAUAAACAGUUUUAUUUUUUACCGUUUUUGAGUUUGAUUACGUUAUAGUUACUUUCCCAGAUAUGUAAGUAAAUUGAUCAGAAGAUUAACUCUUCAAUUGCACAUAUUUUUUACCGCCUUUUAUUUGCACAUAAACUACGGUAAAUAUCGAUUAUCUUUGAAAAUAAUUACAAGAAUACAUUAUUCAGCAAUUAUUAGAGAAAUUAUAGUUAUUGGCCAUCUUCUUCUCCGUAUGGCCGUCAUACCCUAAUUUAUGUAUAAUACCUUCAAAGAUUAGUACAAAUGAAAAUUAAUACUUUUCGCAUUAUAUUUGGGUCCGAAAAAAUCACGUCAAUUUUACAAAUUCGUACCAAUUUAAAAUCCAAUAGUGGCCUGCUCAAAGAAUCGACAGAUCCUGACAUUGAACUUUUAAAUGGAAUGUGUAGGGUUGAACCCCUUUUUUUUACGAGCAGGUAGCAACACUAUAGAAUUAGUUCUUGUGUCUAGUAAUUCUGUAAUUACAUAUAAAGUACAGCUGGUACAAAUUCGCAUGUAUAUAAUUGAAGGAUUAAAUAGUAUUUAUAUAAAGUUACAUUUCUCUUU